AUGGUUGUUCUUGCGGCUUCCAUCUGCACCCGCGGGGGCAAGGCUGUCCUCUCCAGGCAGUUCCGAGAGAUGCCACGAUCGCGGAUAGAGGCUCUCCUCGCGUCCUUUCCCAAACUGGCCGACAGUGGCACCCAGCACACGACCGUCGAGCAAGACAAUGUCCGAUUCGUCUACCAGCCGCUUGACGAGCUCUACAUGGUCCUCAUCACCAACCGCCAGUCCAACAUUCUCCAGGACAUCGACUCGCUCCACCUGUUCGCCCAAGUCGUCACCAGCGCAUGCAAGACCCUCGACGAACGCGAGAUUCUCAAGAAUGCAUACGAGCUUCUCAGCGCCUUUGACGAGUUGGUGACGCUGGGCUACCGCGAGAACCUUACCAUGAGCCAGAUCAAGGCAUUCCUCGACAUGGAGAGUCACGAGGAGCGUAUUCAAGAAAUCAUUGCCAGGAACAAAGAGCUCGAGGCCACGGAAGAGCGGAAGCGGAAAGCAAAGCAACUCGAAAUGCAGCGAAAGGAGUCGGCCCGUAGCGGUCGCGGAGCUCUCUCGAGGACGCCCGUCUACCCUUCAUAUCAGCCUCCCUCGCGGCCAAGUGCAUCCGAUGGUUACGACACGUAUGAGGCUGAAAAGAACAAGACCUACAACAAACCGUCGGCACCUAAAGGCAAAGGCAUGCAGCUGGGCAAGAAAUCCAAGACGACAGACAUGUUUGAGAGAGUUCGCGGCGACAUGGGUGGCGAGGUUGACAGCGCCCCCCUGGUGGCUCCCUCGCCGGCGGCGGCCGAACCUGCCGAACACCCCAUCAGCGCCAAGCUCACUCGAGAAGGCGCCGUCAACUCGCUGGCCAUCAGCGGAGAUCUCACACUUCGCGUCUCCGACCCCAGUCUAACCAAGAUCAAGCUGGCCCUCCAGGCUGUGCCUUCGCAUGGCGCCCAGUUCCGCACACACCCCAACGUGGAUCGCAGCCUGUUCAACACCUCCAAGAUGAUCCAAAUGAGCAACGCGGUUGAUGACAUGAGCGCGUGCCCGAUAGCCUUCACUGUGUGGAUCAACAAGGAGUCGGCCAAGUACAACGUUACGGUCGAGUACGAGCUGACUGGCGGGGAUGCGUUGAAGGACGUCAGCGUUGUCAUGCCCUAUGCCGGCAGCGAGCCCGUUGUGUCCAGCUUCGACGCCGCGUACGAGGUGUCUGGCGAUGUGAUGGAGUGGAACAUUGGAUCCGUCGACACCGAGAACCCCAGUGGCUCCUUCGAGUUUGAGGCGGAGAGUGCCGACGAGAACGACUUCUUCCCUAUGACGGUGCGGUUUGGCAAGACGACGCCCUUCAUAGACGUCGAUGUGACGGCGGUGUCUCUGCUGGAGGAGAAUGAGGAGGUUACAUUCUCCAAGGAGAUCAAGUGCCAUGCGGACAGCUUCGUCAUUGAGUGA